AUGGGUGAAUCAAUUAAGAAAAACAGCUUAGACAUCCCUAGGCCCGAGGCAUUCCCUUCCACUCAGAAAUGCUAUCCAUUUGUCAUAGUAGCAGAUGAGGCGUUUCGGUUACAGCAAAAUAUCAUGAAACCGUACCCUAGAGAAAAUCUGGGAAUAUCUGAGCGGGUAUUCAAUUAUCGGUUGUUUCGUGCGAGGAGGGUAGUUGAAAAUGCGUUUGGAAUUGUAGCAGCGCGAUUUCAGGUAUUUCGUCGACCAAUUCACGCCAGAGUUGAAAUGGUUAUUCAAGUUACAAAAGCAGUAAUCGCUCUGCACAAAUAUUUAAUGGCUGGAAGGUCUUUUUCGCACAGCACAAAAUACUGUCCAGCUGGUUUCGUGGACAACGACACAGAAAACGGAAGAGAGCUUGGAGAAUAG